AUGGAUGAAGGCUCCACUCCAAGCUCCUUCUAUUCAUCGGCUAUGAGUACUUCUAGUUCUCUCGCGCCCGGCGACCGUAUUUUGGCUGUUAAAUCCUCUGUUGAUGGCAUAGGUUGGAACAAUCUCUAUCGUGACACACUCGAAAGCUUCGUCGAACGUGUACACACCAUCACCAUGCACGCCUAUUCUUUCUCAAAAUUCAUCUUCCUUCGGGAGUUGCAAGACAUGGAUUUUGACAUACAAGAAUAUAUCAACAAGAAUUUUUUUAAAGAAGUAUGGCUCUCAUUGGUCGAUUACUCAAGAGGCCGAGCUCGCGCGCAAAACAUCAUUCGCUAUCGUGCCGUAAUCGAUCAGUACUUGGGUGAUUACCUUACAAUCACCAGCUACCAGAGGCCCAACUUC